AUGGCGACAGCGACAUCCUCGAUAUUGGCUGCCGUUGCAAGCGCCACCGCGACCGCGAUAGCAGAAAGCAGUAAGGAUGGGGGUUCGAAGAAGGGUCCCCAUGAUGGCGAAAACACAGGAGAAUGCCAGCUGCUAGGACCGUUUGCGAUAUUGGUACAGGGUGCGCUGGGAUGUAUGGCUUUGUUGGCGUUGGUAUAUAAGAGAUGGAGGGAACGGCCACAACGACCGCUGAAAGUAUGGUCGUUCGAUGUCUCGAAACAGGUUGUGGGAAGCGUGUUGGUACAUAUCGCGAAUUUGCUUAUGAGCAUGUUGUCUUCCGGCCAGUUCAGUAUAAAGGUGGAUUCAGCUGUCGUGUCUCAAAGACUGAGGAGAGCGGUGGGUGCGAAUGGGAAAUACACGCCGAAUCCAUGUUCGUUUUAUUUGUUAAACUUAGCUAUUGACACAACCAUCGGUAUUCCGAUUCUUAUCUUCCUCCUUCGAAUAUUUACAGCGCUUUUCGCACGUACCCCGUUUGGCAAUCCUCGCGAAUCGAUAGAGUCAGGUCAUUAUGGUACACCACCAAAAGCCUCAUGGUGGGCAAAGCAAUCAUUAAUAUACUUUCUGGGAUUAAUGGGCAUGAAAAUUUGCGUACUCAUUAUUUUCCUCGUCCUUCCGUGGAUAUCUAGGAUCGGAGACUGGGCAUUACGAUGGACGGAAGGGGAUGAGGCACUCCAGGUUAUCUUUGUGAUGUUGAUCUUCCCAGUGAUCAUGAACGCCACUCAAUACUACAUCAUCGAUUCUUUUAUCAAGAACCAAAAUACCGAGCACGCGCACGAACGAAUCCCAGACGAUGAGGAUACGGACUCAACUCACGGAGACGCACCGUAUGAGGAUCCAAUAAGUGGAAGCAGCGACGAUAUAGAUUCGGACGCAGAAGACGUCUUGAAAGCCAAGCCAGACACGACCAGGAAGGCUAAAGGGAGCGGGAGUAAGCCCAGAAGUCUACAGACCGGAAGCAAAGACUACGAUCCCAUGUUUGACGGAGAGAACAGUCCUACGGUCGUCGGGAGCGCGGGUACGAGCGACAGGACCAAACUGAUCGGCACAGACGACGAGAGCGUGAAGAAGUAG